UCACCUUCCCCGAUUCAAAAAGCAUGUAGCCAGUCAGCAUUUGGUUUCUCAAGCGGCAGCUUCUCCUAUUUUAAAUUCAUUUGGCAAUAUCACAAAGAGCAGCAAUAUGUUUUCUCACCCCCGUCAGGCCCAUCGCGGCACCCAAACAAUGCCCCAACCAUCACCGAAGCCAGACUGUGUGCCCCUUCAGAUGGUCGACGAGGAUGGCAAGAAACGUUACUGCUACCAUGGCGGCAGAUGUCGUUGUGAUAAUUGCAGGAAGGUACGCGACCAGCAAAAGGACGAUCUGGAUGCACAGCUUAAGAAAUUUAUACCGCACAGUCGACUUGCGCUGACACCUCCGAUGCACCUUGCCGAGCCCAAGCAGUAUAAGCUCGAGGCCCACAACGUUUCGCCAGAGAUGGGCAUGCAGCUGCUCAAGGACCAUCUAAAGUUGCGCGAACAAUAUCCCAUAUACUACUUACCGGACAUGUACUUUCAGCGCAAUGCCUGGAAAUGGGAGGGACCCCAAGAGAAGUCUACGCAGACGGACAUACCUCUGGGCAACUUUGGCAUCGAUGGUUGUCCUUGCGUGGACAAAUCACAGUGCUGGGAUAUAUAAUGCAAUAGAGAUACACACAAAUGGCGGCCAAAUGUAGUCAACUUUUAAGAAACUUUACAGUAAAUACCACCUUGGAGAAUAAAGCGCAUGAGAAACAAAUGAA